AUGCCUCCAUUGCCAUCCACAGUGGAUUGGAGGCAAAAGGGUGCAGUGACACUCGUCAAGGACCAAGGUCAAUAUGGAUGUUCUUCGGCCUUUUCUGCUGUUGCAACAACUGAAGGAAUUCAUGCACUGACUACAGGAAAAUUGAUCACUUUGUCGGAACAAGAACUUGUUGACUGUGACACAAAGGGUGUGGACCAAGGCUGUGAAGGUGGUCUUAUAGAUGAUGCUUUCAAAUUCAUCAUCCAAAAUCAUGGACUCGACACUGAAGCCAAUUACCCUUAUGAGGGUGUUGAUGGAACCAGCAAUGCAAAUGAAGCAUCUCAGCAUGUAGCUUCCAUAAUGGGUAUGAGGAUGUCCCUGCCAACAUUGAGAAGGUACUGCAAAAGGCUGUGGCCAAUCAACCAGUUUCGGUUGCCAUUGAUGCCAGUGGCUCUGACUUUCAAUUUUACAAGAAUGGUGUUUUCACUGGCUCAUGUGGAACUGAGUUACGGUGUCACUGCUGUGGGAUAUGGUGUCAGUGAUGGUGGAACUGAGUAUUGGCUGGUAAAGAACUCAUGGGGAACUGUGUGGGUUGAAGAAGGGUACCUUAGGUUGCAAAGGGGUGUGGACUCUGAGGAAGGACUCAGUGGCAUAGCUGUGCAAGCAUCUUACCCUAUUGUUUGA